CAAUUCGCGCACGCAUUGCGCACAUGUUGCCCCGGUUCGGUUGACAUAUGUUUGGCACUGUGGCAGUCCACCUCAUUUCCGAAAACACUCAUUCAGCCCUUUACGACCAUCGAGGGGACCUCGAAAUCUCAUUCUUCUAGCUUGAAAGUUUACACUACCGUGCUCGUUUGACGAAGUCACCAUGCCUGCCUUAGCGGAUGUUGCUGUUGCUGCUGCGAACGAAGUUCACGAACAUGUUGUACGCGAAACCGCAAAGCAAAGAUUAAAUCCAAACGCUACGCAAGUGCGAACGUUGAUUGUCAUUGGCGUUUACAUCGUCGCGAUUGCAAUCCUCUGGCAUGUAUCAUUCCUAUCGUGGAUUCUGUAUCCAUUUAAACUGCUUACUGUUGGGUUUCAUGAGGGCGGGCACGCUAUUGCUGGUGUCUUGACAUGUGCAAGAAUCCAUUCCAUAGAGCUCGAUCCUGACGAAGGCGGUGCAACCAGGAUGAGCGGUGGCAUUCCAUGGAUAACGUUACCCGCAGGGUAUCUUGGUUCAUCGCUUAUCGGGGCAGCCCUGAUUGCCUGCGGCUUUGACACCAAAGCGUCCAAGAUCGCUUGUCUUGUUCUUGCUGGAUUCUUCUUAAUUACGCUAUGGUGGGCUCGGCGAAAUCUCCUCACUUGGGUAUUGAUUCUAGGAAUGGCGGGCCUCAUUGUGGCCUUCUGGUUCAUCGCGGAUGGUAUUGUACUGCGGUAUCUGAUUCUCUUUAUCGGGGUGAUGAGCGAUCUCUACGUUCUAUGGGAUGUGAUUGACGAUACGAUCGCCCGGAAAGUCAACACCAGCGAUGCGUCGCACUUUGCCGACAUUUGUGGAUGUUGUCCUUCUCGGGUGUGGGGUGUGAUUUGGCUAAUCCAGGCCCUUAUUUUCAUGGCGGGUGGGAUUUUGAUUGGGAUUGUGUGCUUCAAGGAUUCGGCUGCGGAGCAGUCAGAAAAGGCGAAGCAUUUCUUGCCCACUAUGUAAGGAUGAGAGAUAAGGUUAAUGGGUCCUCAUUUUUUUUGGACGAUUCCGGUGGAAGUGGAGGUGGAUAGUGAAUUAGUUGCUGGCGAGGCUGGAUAUAUGUAUUAGAUUACC